AUGUGUGUCAACACCACUGCCUGUCGCUGCAAGCCAGGAUUCAUUUCCUCAAUGGAGGAGACCUUCAGUGACCCCACAGGGACUUGUGAUGACAUCAACGAGUGUACAUCACACACGGGAGUGUUCUGUGGAAAAUUCGCAAACUGCUAUAACAUGGAAGGGAGCUACUACUGCCUAUGCAUCCCAGGAUAUGGGCUCACUUCCAGGGCUAAAACUUUCCAGAAUGAGAGUGAGAACACAUGUCGAGAUGUGGACGAGUGUCAGCAGAACCCCAGAAUUUGUAAAGGCCACAGCAUCUGCAUCAACACCCCGGGCAGCUACACCUGCCAGUGCCCACCUGGCUUUGUGUUCAAACCAAUGGACCCAGAGCUGUGCACAGAGACACCCUUCACCCACUGGACCCUGCCCCCCGGUGGCAACAGCCAGAGUCUCUCUGCCUUCUUUGACAAAAUCCAGGAUCUGGGCAGAGACUUGGAGUCAGCCUCAGCCCAGGACACCAUCAAGGACCUCAUGCAGCUGGUAGAUGAGCUGCUGGAGACCCCUGGAGACCUGCAGACCCUGCCCCGCUCACAGCAGCACUAUGUGGCCACUCACCUACUGGUUGGCCUGGAGGACGUCCUGAGAGGACUGAGCAAGACCCUGCCUGAUGGGCUGUUGACCUUCAAUUACUCUGCAGGCACAGAACUGUCCCUGGAGGUACAGGACCAAGGAGACAAGAAUGUCACCUUGACUCAGAAUCAGGCAAAGAUGCAGCUGAACUGGAAUCUGGCACAGAAACCUGGUGACACAGGCCCUUCUGUGGUGGGCCUUGUGUCCACUCCAGGGAUGGGCAAGUUGCUGGCCGAGGCCCCCCUGGUCCUGGAUCCUGAGCAUCUGGCAGCUCUGCAUGAAACACACAAGGGCUGGCUGCAGGAUGUCCCCCCAGUCCUGCUCUCAGAUGUCACCUCUGCCUUUCUGAGCAACAAGAACACCCAGAACCUCAGCUCCCCAGUUACUUUCACUUUCUCCCAUCAUUCAAUGAUCCCUGGGCCAAGGCAGAAUGUAUUCUGUGCCUUCUGGGAGCGUGGCCAGAGUGGAUGUGGACAUUGGGCCACCACAGGCUGCAGGACAGUGGACCCCAGAGACACCAGCACCACCUGCUGCUGCACCCACCUCAGCACCUUUGCUGUCCUCAUGGCGCACUACAACGUGCAGGAAGACCGUCUGGUGCUGACCUUCAUCACCUACGUGGGGCUGGGCCUCUCUCUGUUGUGCCUCCUCCUGGCAGCCCUCACCUUCCUCCUGUGCAAGGCCAUCCAGAACACCAGCAACUCCCUGCACCUGCAGCUCUCCAUCUGCCUCUUCCUGGCCCACCUCCUUUUCCUCACGGCAAUUGAUCAAACCAAACCCAAGGUGCUGUGCACCAUCAUCGCAGGUGCCCUACACUAUCUGUACCUGGCCUCCUUCACCUGGAUGCUGCUGGAGGGCCUGCACCUCUUCCUCACUGCACGGAACCUGACGGUGGUCAGCUACUCCAGUGGGAGCACAUUCAUGAGGAGGCUCAUGUUUCCUGUGGGCUAUGGAGUCCCAGCUGUGAUUGUGGCCAUUUCUGCAGCAUCCAGGCCUCACCUUUAUGGAACACCUGCCCGGUGCUGGCUCCACCCAGAAAAGGGAUUUAUAUGGGGCUUCCUUGGACCCAUCUGCAUCAUCGUCUUUGUAAAUUUGGCUUUCUUUUUGAUGACCCUCUGCAUUUUGAGAAACAGACUAUCCUCUCUCAACAGUGAAGUGUCUACCCUUCAGAAUACAAGAAUGCUGACAUUUAAAGUGACAGCUCAGCUCUUCAUCCUGGGAUGCACGUGGUGUCUGGGCAUUCUGCAGGUGGGUCCAGCAGCCGAGGUGAUGGCCUACCUCUUCACCAUCAUCAACACGCUGCAGGGUAUCUUCAUCUUCCUGGUCUACUGCCUCCUCAGCCAGCAGGUCCGGGAGCAGUACAGGACAUGGUUCAAGAAGAUCAGGAAAUUGAAAGCUGAGCCUGAGACGUACACACUCUCCAGCAGGGCUAUUUCUGACAUGACCUAA